AUGGGAAGUUUCAACACUACUUUCAUAGAAGGCUUUAUUUUGAUGGGCUUCUCAGAUUGGCCUCGGUUGGAAGUCUUCCUUUUCAUCUUUAUUUUGAUUUUCUACUCUCUAACUCUUUUUGGCAACACCACUAUUAUUGCUCUCUCUCAACUGGAUAUUCGACUGCAAACACCCAUGUUCUUCUUUCUCUGCCACCUCUCCUUCCUGGAUCUCUGCUAUACUACAAGCACUGUGCCCCAGCUUCUGAUCAAUCUUCGAGGAUCUGACCGCACCAUCAGCUAUGGAGGGUGUGUGGCCCAGCUCUUCGUCGUCCUUGCGUUGGGCUCCACUGAGAGUAUGCUCCUGGUGGUAAUGGCUUUUGAUCGCUAUGCUGCCAUCUGCCGUCCACUCCACUAUAUGACCAUUAUGCACCCCGUUCUUUGCCAGGCAUUGGCUGUUGUCGCCUGGUUGGGUGGUUUUAUAAAUUCUCUGAUUCAAACAGGUCUUAUGAUGGCCAUGCCUCUUGGUGGCCAUCACUUAAACCAUUUCUUCUGUGAGAUGCCUGUAUUCCUGAAGUUAGCUUGUGAGGACACCGGAGGAACAGAGGCAAAGAUGUUUGUGGCUCGAGCGGUAAUCUUGGUCUUUCCAGCGGUACUAAUUCUUGUCUCCUACGUACAUAUAACUAUGGCAGUGCUGAGGGUCAAGUCAGUGGCUGGACGGAGAAAGGCUUUUGGGACUUGUGGUUCUCACCUUCUUGUGGUUUCCCUUUUUUAUGGCUCAGCUAUCUACACAUACCUCCAACCCACUGGCAGUUAUUCGGAGAAGGGGGGAAAGUUUGUUGCUCUUUUUUAUACGAUUGUUACCCCCAUGCUCAAUCCUCUGAUUUAUUCCUUAAGGAACAAGGAUGUUAAGGGGGCCCUGACAAAGGUACUAGGGAGAGGCACAGGCUCAAGGUAG